AUGACCAGCAUGAAUGCGCCCGAUGAUCGUAAGCAGGAGCUUUCAGGAGAGCUCAAGAAUCUUCAGCCUAUUCUAGAGAUGAUGCGCCUAGAGCAGAUAAUCGACUCUUGCAGUUCAUCUCCAAGGUCCUCAGUAUUUAAAAUGGGCCGCCAGCCAAAGCGCCAGAGAGAUAUAUUAGCAGAGGAGGACAUCUUCAUGACCUCUACUGAGUGCUCGCUCAAUAAUUCGCGGGCCGAGUCUCCGAAGGAGGCCAGCGAUGAAGAUCUAAUAGGAAUCACAUUCAAGAAGAAUUUCUAG